AUGCUCCUUCCCCUGUUGUACUUGAGCUCGCUCGUGGCCCUGACAGGUGCCGAGGCGGAGAGGCCAGAUGCUUCUGACACUUUUCCUCUGCCACAUACGUACGACAUCAGCUCAUGUCCCAUCAACUACUAUGGUGUGGUCUACGACACUCUCUACGUGAGCACGGCAAAUGGCUUAGUUUAUUUCAACUUCAACGGCUACUACAAACUACAAACUACAAAAAUGUUACCACGAAGCUUCUACGACCGUAUGGAUGCUACUUACGGACCUGGAAAUGUUACUUUUCAAAUUUCACCACGCGAUGUUGCUAUUGAGAACAAAGUACGGAACACAAUACCCACUCUGGAAGGAAAUAUGAGCUGCUCUGUGCAAACGAGUUAUGUGUCCGAAAAUGGUGCUUUGAUAACUUUGUUUCUUGUGCAAUACGGAACCCGAACAGUUCUGGGAAUUCAGACCAAUUCCACCAACUUGCGUUCUUAUUAUUACAUUGCUCCUUAUGUUAACGGAGAAGCUGAGAUUAGUAUAUCCGUUAGUGGAGGCUCCGACAUGAAUUUCAAAGUCAACUUCAUGGACAUCAGUGGAUGCAGAACCGAAGCAGGUGAUUUUAUCAGCCCUGGAGGGGAAGAGGACGAUGAUGAAACCUGUGUCACUUACUCUUGCAGUUCUGACAGCGUCUUGAAGGUUGAAGGUUGUGCUGAAAAUCAACAUUGUGAUGGUGAUGGCACGUGCACCCCGAACAACAUCUGCACUUUGACCGGCCCCACUGUGAUCAACGUCCACGGCCACGUCACCUCUGUGGAGGAUCGCUGCACGUACACUCUCAUGUCAGAUAAUCAACUCUUCUCACAUUUUGAAGUUCUGGCCAGCUACCAGGACCGACGUCGCACAGAUGUGAGCUUUCUGGACAGUGUGACACUGAAAAACACUGGUGUUGAGGUUCUCCUGGAACAAGGUGGGAGAGUCAAGGUGAACGGUUCCCUGGUGAGUCUCAACAGCUCACUGCAGGACUUCGCUGGUGUUGAACUCUGCAAGACCCAAGCUGGAGUCACUGCCAAGCUGCAACUGGACGACUGGAGAGAAGUGACUGUGUUCUUUGAUGGAAACACUGCGCAGCUGCAAACUCUAGGAGGAGAUUAUUAUCCACCAGGUGGUUUGUGUGGAGACUCCAACACAUCUUCAAGCAUCCAGACCAAUUCCAGCAGCUGUCAGACUCACCCAGAAACCAGUGACCAGACAGUCCACUGUCCCACCAUGUCUCAACGCUGCAGCGUCCUGAUGGAGGAACCCUUCACCUCCUGCCACGGCUCCGUCACCCCAGAGCCCUACAUAACGGCCUGCAGUGACACCAUGUGUAACUAUCCUGAUGAGGACGGGCUCCUGUGUCAGUUCCUGGAGGCCUACGCCAGAGCCUGCAGCCUGGUGAACAUCCAGCUGGGGGAAUGGAGGUCCAACCAGCACUGCUGUGGUUACCACGGUGAUACGGACUGACUGACAGGCUGCCGACCUCCGUCUGGAUCCCCGACUCGUGUCUGGUCCUGAUCCUGAUCACGGACGUGUGAAAGGAUCAGGAUCCGCCUGCCUGCACCCCCCCCCACCUCUGGUCAUCCCGCUGCUGCUUCCACCUGCCUGCUGUGCU